AUGGGAGAUGUGUGGACAUGGCUGGCGUUCUUCUUCGUUCUCGUAGCUCUUCUUAUCGUUGUUCUUUACCAGCUCAUGUGCUUAACGGAUCUUGAGUUUGAUUAUGUCAACCCUUAUGAUUCUGCAUCUCGGAUAAACAGAGUGGUUUUGCCAGAAUUUAUCAUGCAAGGAGUUUUAUGCAUCCUGUGUCUUGUAACGGGGCAUUGGUUUAUGUCACUGCUGAGUGUUCCAUACCUGUACUACAAUGCAAGAUUAGAUGCUUGCCUUCAUCCAUCUCUGUGGAGAGGAAAGCUGGCACUCAGCAGAGCUUCUCCUGCUUUGAAAGGCGACAGAGCUACAUCUCAAAGAUUCCCACUUUUUGGAAAUCCAAGUUGUGGAGCUUGA